GCCAUCUUCCCAUCCCAGCAACGGCUAACAACAUCGAGCCUGGCUCGGCGCAUUAUCACCGCGGGAGAAGGGCGAAGUAACAUCUUUAUUCAACGAUACAACUGAUUUAGUUUUGGUUUACACACAACACAGUGAAAAUCUAAAGCAUUCGUGGGGUUAUUAAGCCAUCGUUAGCCUAACGUUGGUUUCGGUUAGUGCUUGUAUAAAACGGGCAGUUAGGACGACUUCACCGCCGAGAAGAAAUGGUUCAGCCCGGUGACGUAUUUCCCUUUUCCGCUUAGAUAAUGCCAUUUUGGUAGGCCUCGCUUGGUGGUUUCAGUUUUCGCCUCGUGGAAAAGAAAAAUAUUACAAGUUGUUCUAUUACAUACUUUUCACUUUUGUAGAAAAAAAACAAGCGCUCGGUUGAAGUUGUUCUAGUCCGGUCGCUAUUUUACAUAGAGUGUUUUUGUUAGAAUAGUUAACGUGGGACGUACGCAUUUUUCAUUGCGCGGCACAGUUGAACGGUCCAGUGUUGACGACACGGCUGCCAGCGAACAAAGGAAAACUAAGGUCGAUACACUUUCAUCAGUGCAGCCGAAGGGGAAAUAUUAUUUAUGAAGUGAUUUAACAUCGAAGCUUGUUUCGCGUCAUUUUUCUAUCAUAAUUUGGCUUUAGACGUGCUUCCAUCCAGGUUCUACAGACCAAAUUAGCCGUAUUCAUUCAGUCUUGUCAUCGACGUCGGCUAGUGUUAGCCGAUUGUGGACAGUCAGUUAGCGAACUACAAACUUCAGCUUUGUUUUGGUACGAGCAGGAAAAUGGCCGAAGUGUACAUUAAAGUGGCAGAGGAGGAAAACGAAGAGCCUAUGGAAAUCCCCUCCGAAGAUGAUGGCACCGUUCUGCUUUCGACCGUGGCGGCUCAGUUUCCAGGAGCGUGUGGCCUGCGGUUCAGGAGCCCCGUGUCUCAGUGCAUGCGUGGAGUGCGUCUCGUUGAAGGUGUUCUGCACGCGCCGGAGAACGGAUGGGGGAAUGUCGUGUACGUGGUGAACUAUCCAAAAGGUAAACACGAGAUUUUAUCGUCGUGCGAAUAAGAGUUUUUAUCCAAACAGGUGACCAGAUGUAAGGUUAUUUAUAAUUCAUGAUGGAGCUUUUAGUGCUCUGAAAAUAGGACUGACGUGACGCGUUUUGUUUACGCCCUCAUAUUCAUGCCAUUAAAAGGGAAGGCAGGAGAAAUUGAUUUAAUGCACUCCUUAAUAUCCAAGUAGUCUGUAUGAAGUUAUAAAAGUAAUGGCUUAUGUGCAAUUAGAUGGCAAAAAUGUGACAUAAGUAAGCUUUAAAGGUACAUUUGCCACCAACCUACUCUUAAGUAUCUUAAAAUGAUCCUAUUUAUAAAACUUAAAAAAGUAUUGAUCUUUGUUAUCCUGCUCUGGUUUGGUUAUUAGUUACAACUGUCAUUUGAAAUGGCAGGGAAACUCAUUACACAGCUGUCAGUCCGAUUAUUAUUAUUAUAACCUUUAUUUAACCUGGUUUGUCCCAUUGAGAUCUUUGGCAGCACAUAUAGUUUCAGUACAGAAUCACAUUAACCCUCACAUACUGUUCAAAUCUUGUAUCCUCACAGUAUGUUCCGGGUCAAACUUAAUCCAGCCCAAGAAUUGCCCAUGUAGCAGGUAUUUUCACCAAAGUUCUAACCCCAAAACCCUUUUAUAAUGUUUAAAUGACCUGUGCUACUUCUAAAAAUUGUUUAUUUGUCCUUCUUAAAUGUUUCAAAGAGCAGUUUUAACACCACUCAUUUUUAGUGAAAUAUAUAUUUUGGAGAAGAAUAUCUAUUACACAGGAGAAUGUCAUGUCAUACCAUGUAAGAAAUAAAAGAAUAUAAAAGUCAUAAUGAGAAAAUUUGAUAAUUUAUUGAACAACAAACUUUAUAUUGAACACUCUUCUUACUGCUUGUCACUUGUCCUACACUGGUAGAUCUAAAAUACAUCUAAAUAGAUGCAGGUCAAAUUUGACCUGUAACAGCCCCAUAGGGAGAAAAUGUGUAGCACAUCCACAAAAAUACACAUGAAUAUUUUUUAAUUAAUUUCAUGUAUUUUGGGCCACAUCAGGAAAAGUCAUCAAGUUUCAGGCUUAAAGAAUGACAUAUGGGUUAAUCAUAUACAUUACAAAGAACACAGAUAAUAAUUGAAUUUUCAAAAUUAGUAAUAGAAUUUAUCAUGGUUUCGAAUACAUUCAGGGAUACCAGACUUUACCAGUUUCAGGUCUGAUUGCAAGAUGUUUCAUGUACUCGGAGCAGAAAAUCUAAAAGCUUUCUUACCCAUUUCUGUUCUGACCUUAGGAAGAGUAAAAUGAUAAAGGUCCUGGGAGCGAAACUGUAGCCCUAUUAUUCAAGAUUAAAAGGGAUGAUAAAUAACACAGAGUCAUCUGAGGAUCUUAAACCACAGCACACCUAAUUUAAAAACAUCUUUUGUUGUUCUUAUUCCAGACAACAAAAGGAAGAUGGAAGAAAUCGAUGCCUCUUCUGCCGUAAAAAUGAAGCGAGGGGACAUGAAGACGUCUGACCUGAUAGUCCUGGGUCUUCCUUGGAAAACAACUGAGCAGGACCUCAAAGACUACUUCAGCACGUUUGGAGAAGUCAUCAUGGUUCAGGUAUAACAUAAGCUUCAUUAGAUAUGAAUCAGUCUGGUUUCUUUGUGGUGACCCUGGACUGUCGAUGCUGAGUGUUUUUUCUUGUCUCUCAGGUAAAACGAGAUGCAAAGACGGGUAACUCUAAAGGAUUCGGCUUCGUGAGGUUUACAGAGUAUGAAGCUCAAGAAAAGGUCAUCUCUCAGCGCCAUAUGAUUGACGGAAGAUGGUGCGACUGCAAGCUCCCUAACUCGAAGGUGAAUAUGGUAAUGUCCAUGCGUAUACCCACACAUUAUGAGAAUAAACACUGUUCAAAUUGUUGACACACAUUGUCACUUGUAGUAUUAACCCCCUCCUCCUUUGUCUACAGCAAGGACCAGAUGAGCCUUUGAGGAGCCGAAAAGUGUUUGUUGGCCGAUGCACGGAAGAUAUGACCACUGACGACCUAAGGCAGUUCUUUAUGCAGUACGGAGAAGUCACAGAUGUCUUCAUCCCAAAGCCCUUCCGGGCUUUUGCCUUUGUCACAUUUGCAGAUGAUCAGGUAUGAUGCCUACUUUUAAACGUUUUUUUUUUUGUUUUUUUUUUUUUGGUGGUCAUUUUGCUCAGAUGACCUGACUCACGCUUUUUUCUUCACAGGUUGCCCAGUCUCUCUGUGGAGAGGACCUAAUAAUCAAAGGAGUCAGCGUUCACAUCUCAAAUGCUGAGCCCAAACAUGGCAAUAGGCAGUUUGACCGUACAGCCCGGUUUGGGAAUGGUUUUGGAGCUCAGGCAUUUGGUAGCAGCCGUAGCGGGUUAGGUAGCAGCACUAACAGUAGUUUGGCAAACUUUGGUUCCUUCAGUCUGAACCCCGCCAUGAUGGCUGCUGCUCAGGCUGCUCUGCAGAGUAGUUGGGGUAUGAUGGGUAUGCUGGCGAGCCAGCAGCAAACAUCGACCUCAGGCAGCACCUCCAGUGGAACAAGCUCAAGCAGGGACCAGAGUCAGUCUUUUAGUACAGGCAACAGCAACUAUGGCACUAGCUCUGCCAGCCUCGGCUGGGGAACAGGGUCAAACUCUACUACAAGUGGAAGUGGGUUUAGCUCAGGUUUUGGGUCGAGUAUGGAGUCAAAGUCGUCUGGGUGGGGUAUGUAAGUUAAUGUUUGUAUGGUAAGUAUUGUGAAAAAGAUGAGUCUUUUCAAAGUUUAUUUCUGGUGUUGAUGCGUAUCUGAAAACUUAACACUUUUGUGGAAGAUGUUUUGUACAUUUGGAAAAAAAUGCUAAAGAUUUAAUUUAGAAAGCGUCAAAUUGAGUUGUUUACCAGGAUGUCUGACUAAAGUGCUAUAUUUGAUGUCUCAUUUGUUUGUAUCCAUUUCAACUGGAUUCUCUAAUGCAUGUAUUGUGAAAUGUGAUAUAACCAUUUUGAAAAUGCAUGAAUGUUUGUGGUCCACCAUUAUCCGGCUUUGUCAUCGACCCAAAAGGCAAUCUUGCAUUGAGAAGAAUCUGGUUGAAACCUAAAUGUUUUUUAAGUGCAACUUUAUUUGCAGUCAAGUUCUGUGGAAAAGCCUUCAUUGAAAUCUCUUCUGCAGUUCACCUCUCUUCCAUUUUCCUGUGAGGAAGCUCCUCUUUGGCAGCAUUCUUGGGGUGAUAUCGGUAUCAAUCUCCCUCUUCCCACCUGUAAAUGCUAUGCCAUCAAAGAACGGCUUCACAACGCAUGUUCUAAGAGACGGUGGGUGUUUUCACUUUUAUCCACUUUUAAAUGGAAAGAACUGCGCAACUGACAUUUUAAGAACUGAUGAGUGCGAUUGAGGAUGGCUUGUGGCGAAGAGUGAAGCGAUGAGUGAGCGAACGGAGAGAGACGCGUGAAACGGACUGGUUGUGCAGUGAAAGAGCCCAAUUUGACUGCUUUUUGAGUGUGUGAGUGGAAGCUGCAGAUGCUACGAGCGCCUCUCCUAACAUGGACAUUCUUUAAUUAGUACUUCAAGAUAUUUUUUUUGUUUGUUUUUUUAAUCUUUGCAAGUUUUUCCUUACUCUUAAGUAUGUCGAUCAAGUGCAGAAAUAUCAAAAUGUGGUGGAAUGUUGUGAUGAAUAUUUGUAUUGCUUAUAUUAUCUGAUUUGAAUGCUGUAUGGUGUGCGCUUUCAUGUUAUUGAACUGAUCUGUAAGUGUGUUCUUGAUGUGGAUGACACCUGCUGAAGACUCUGGGGGACGCGAGUGAUAGUGUGAGAACGUGGAGGUGUGUGUCCAAUGGUUCCCAGUAGCUCUUGUUGUUUUGGGGUGUUUAUAAAAAAAUGUCAAAUGAAGGGAGUUCUCUAAUAAAGUUCAUUUGAAUAGAUGCUUAGUUGAUACUACUUGAGUCAAUUUGUCAAAUAAAAAAACAUCUAAUUCGAUUCACAUAUCUAGGGACCUUGGGCUCUGCUGGUCGAGGUCUCCGUUUGAACCCUGACUGAAGGAUGAAGAUGGAAGUACCAACACUUUGAGUGUGUGGCCUUCUCAGUCAUGACAUGGGGUAGUACCUGUCUUUUUGCUGCUUUUGAUGGCUUUUAGAGUGAAUUAUCCCUUUCUGAUCAUUCACAGCUAGUUUUGAAGUUAGAGGGAAGUUUUUGUCUUAGUCCAAAUUUCAGAUACAUGAGCAUAGCGAUCGCAUCUGUUCUCAUCUCUUUGUUGCUGCAAAUUUUGGUGACAUUACAGAGGUGUCAAGAUGGCCUUAAACACCCGCUGGCCACUUUAACAGGAUCACCUGUAUUAUCUCUUACAAUUUAGCUGUUUGAUGUUUUCAUUGAGGGCUCUGCUGUAUGUUACAAGUCACAGUGUUUAGUGCCUGAUGAAAAUUCUUGUUAAAACAGUCACCUGAUUGGUGCCUGAACAAGACUAUACCUGCAGGAGACCUUCAGCAACUACAGAAGUGUUAGUAUAUUUGUGAUUAACAUUUACAGUUACUCUAGGAUUUACCCUAGAGUGAUUGUCAUGUAACUAAAUAAUGUAACCUAGAAUGAAGUUAAAUGAGAAAUCAGACUAAAAUGUUAGCUGAAAGUAUCAGAGUGUAGUUAAAAAAUCUAUAGCAGACAUGUAAGAGUGCACAGGUGGUGCUGGUAAAGUGGCAAAGGAGUGUUCUUUAUGGUAAGUGCUUAAAACAUCAGAUCAUUUUGGUGAACAGUGGCAGGCAUAUUAGCUUUUCCAGUGUAGUCUUUUGGUCAGUGUAAUUUUGUGCAUAAAAUAAUGAAAUUGAACAUUUUGUAGUUAGUAAAAUCAGUGUUAAAUCCACCAUAAUUUGACAUUAGACCAGCAGGUCCUAGAGCAGAUGAAACUUGGAAUUAAGUAUACUCAAAAUCAUUGUGAUAGGAAAUGAGCUGUCACUUUUAUUUACAGUGUUUGAUUCAUAUAUAUUAACAAUCAUGGCACUUUAUUAAACUCAUUGUGAUGUACUGGUCUGCUUUUAUGUUGAUUUGAAUGUUUGGCCGAAGCGAGGCACUGCAGGCCUGCUAGUGUCUUGUCGUUAUUCUCUGCUUUCAUCUUCAGUGUCUCUGCUUUUCCUCUUCCCGGUAUUCUUCUUUUUUAAAUUCUUCUGCUCCUGGUUCAGUUCUUCACUUUUAUUUUGUAUGUAGAUGGACUGAAAUAAAUAAAAGCAAAUUAAACAUUACUCUUGUGUUUUCUGUAGAUUAUAUAAUACAUGUACGUGGUUCAAGUGCAGCAUAUGAUUGGUGUGAAAUGUGUUUGUGUGACUAGAGAGACUGGUACGGUAUGUUUGUUUGACUUCAACUUGUGUGAUUUAUUGACAUAGUGCUGUGUAAUGUAGUUCAGGCUACAGGCUGGAAAAAACUCACUAAUGCAGUGCUGCGGCGGGCCAAGAGCUUCACAUCAUCUGGAGACACUGUGGAUCUUUUGGCAUGUCUGAAACAAACGGGGAAAAUAUAAAAGAUGUAUUUGAAAAGUUCAAGAGACAAUACUAGUUCUACUACUAAAAACAAAGGACACUAAAGGUUAUUUUAGCUUUUAAUUUGGCAACAAAAAUGUUGAUCAUUACCUUGCAAAAGCCUCCAGGUCUCUGGCAAAAAUAUCUGUAAAUAAUAAGGGUCAACUGUGAGAUGGUAAGUUUGAUCUAGGCAACUACAACACUGAUGUAGCCUAAAUAAGGAUCGAAAUAUACUGCUCCUUUGCAGUACCAUCUAUAUUUAUUCUACUACUUUUCAUAUGCACAAUACUCCAGCACUUUUUGUUUUGUAAAAAAAAUAUAUACUUUUUUAUACGUGUCAACUCAACCACCAGUGAUGCUGCUUGUGAGGCAUGUUUUCACUUGAUUCAUUUUUUUGGAUCAUAAUAAAUGUCAACAUGUUUGUAACAUUUCGUGUUUUUUUAUUUAACCAGGUCAAAUCCUAUUGUGAUCAUGAUCUCAUUUACAAGGGCGACCUGGCCAAGAGGUCAGCAGCACAUGCAUAAUAAAUGCAAUAGAUGUAACUGCAUUUAGGCUUGAUCAUGAAAUUUAAGAAAAUUACAGAACCAUAUGGAUCAAGACAGUUUAUAAUUUAUCUAUAUGUAUGUAAAAGAUCAAAUCAGUUGUAAGUAUUUUUAUAAGCAGUCACUAACUUUUUGAUCUUAAAACUGUUUCCGUAUCAUCAGUCACUUUUUGUGUGUGUUUUUUUUUUUUUUAAUUUACCUGAUGAGACAGUAAUAAAAUGUGUUUAAGUGAA